AAAAGCCAAAAAAAAAAAGUCAGUAGGCCACAAAGUCCUUCAGUUCAGGAGGAAGAAGACGACUCUCCUCUCUUCUCAUCUUUCUUCUUCUUCUCAGAAAAUCACGAAAGAUGAAUUCAAAUCCCUAAUUCCUCUCCAUAAAACCCAAAACCCUUUUCAGAAAUCAAACUCACCACCAAUUCCUGACCGUUGAUUUGUCGCAGAUGGGUAAAAACGGACGGCUCAGAUGGAAUCCUUUCAGCCACAGAUCGUCUUCUUCAACCUCUUCAUCUUCACGACAACAGCAACAAGAACAACAACCUCCGGUCGAAUUUCUCUGUCCGAUUUCAAAAUCAGUAAUGUCUGACCCUGUUGUUGUCUCUUCCGGUCAAACCUUCGAACGUGUCUGUGUUCAAGUCUGUCGCGACCUCAACUUUAUCCCCAAACUCAACGACGACGAAGAAUCUCUACCCGAUUUCUCCAACAUCAUCCCUAACCUAAACAUGAAAUCAACAAUCGAUACUUGGUGCGACACCGUCGGCGUCUCACGUCCUCAGCCACCUGAUUACUCCACCGUCGAGAGAAUUUUACGGCAACAGAUGCCUCCACCGGACGUCGAGAUUCGUGUCUCCGAGCAAGAGCUUCUCAGAGCUGUAGCUCACCGAGCUCCGAUGAUAAUUCACCACGCUGAUUCUGAACUCAUGGGAAGGAGAGAUUUCAACAACUCCACGACCUCUUCUGAUGAAUCUGUAAUCGUUGCUCACAGUCCAUUCACUCCUCUUCCUUUAACAACUAGACCCGCUUGCUUCUCUCCAUCUCCAUCAUCUUCUUCCUCCGAAAUCGAAACCCUAACGCACCACACUUUCUUCUCUAAUUCUACUUCCACCGCCACAGAAGAGGACGAAGUGAUUUACAACAAGCUUAAGAGCAGUGAGAUUUUUGAUCAAGAGCAAGGUUUGAUUAUGAUGAGGAAGAUGACUCGUACUAAUGAUGAAGCUAGGGUUUCGCUUUGUUCUCCUCGGAUUCUUUCUUUGUUGAAGAAUAUGAUUGUUUCGAGAUACAGUUUAGUGCAGACGAACGCGUUAGCGUCGCUUGUGAAUCUGUCUUUGGAUAAGAAGAACAAAUUGACGAUUGUUCGGUUAGGAUUUGUUCCGAUUUUGAUCGAUGUUCUGAAGUCGGGGUCUAGAGAAGCUCAAGAACACGCAGCUGGAACAAUCUUUAGUCUUUCUCUUGAAGAUGAUAAUAAAAUGCCUAUUGGAGUUUUAGGAGCGCUUCAGCCAUUGCUUCACGCGUUACGUGCAGCUGAGAGUGAUCGGACGCGGCAUGAUUCGGCUCUCGCGCUUUACCAUUUGACGUUGAAUCAGACGAAUCGAUCAAAGCUCGUUAGGCUUGGAGCGGUACCAGCGCUUUUCUCGAUGGUUAGGUCCGGUGAAUCGGCGAGCAGGGCAUUGUUGGUGAUCUGUAAUUUAGCGUGUUGUAGUGAAGGAAGAUCGGCGAUGCUUGAUGCGAAUGCGGUUGCGAUUCUUGUAGGGAAGUUAAGGGAGGAGUGGACGGAGGAGCCGACAGAGGCCCGGUCAUCGUCAUCGGCUCGUGAGAAUUGCGUAGCGGCGUUGUUCGCAUUGAGCCACGAGAGUCUUCGAUUCAAAGGACUAGCGAAGGAGGCGAGAGCAGUGGAAGUGUUGAAGGAAGUGGAAGAGAGAGGAACAGAGAGAGCUAGAGAGAAAGCAAAGAAGAUUCUUCAGCUGAUGAGAGAAAGAGUGCCGGAGGAUGAUGAAGAAGAUGGCGAAGGAUCAAUUGAUUGGGACCGAGUUAUCGACUCCAACGGCUCAAUUAGGUCUAGAUUCCGAGUUGGUGGUAGAAACAGAGUGGUCACUCAAAACUCCUCUGGCUUCUAAAGUUCCAUUCCAUUUGUUGUUGUAUAGUAGACAUUCAAAAUGUUUUGUGAUUGAAAUUUUUUGUAAACUUGACUUGAAAUAUGUGAGAAAAAAAGCAUGACUGAUGUA